UUCUGUAUCUAUACUGUUACUGAGUCACACUGUCCGCUUGCUGUUCUUUCAGGCUCCAGAUGAGGGCGACACUCUAACCCACUCCCUCUCUCUUGCUGCUGACCGAAGCUCAGUGCUGCGCCCCCCUUCCCUCGUCCCUGCAUCCAGGUGGAGGCGCCAUGUCCUCCACGUCGUCCUGCUCCUCGUCGGGGGAGGCGAGCCCAGAGGACGUACCCAGAGGAGGAGGGACCAUCCGCGUCUUCCUCCCCAACAAACAGCGCACGGUGGUGAACGUGCGCCCCGGACAGACGGUUUAUGACAGUUUGGAUAAAGCGCUGAAGAUGCGAGGACUCACUCAGGAGUGCUGCGCUGUGUUUCGGCUCCUGGAAGGGCGUAAGAGGCUCACAGACUGGAGCACUGACAUCACACCCCUGGUCGGUGAGGAGCUCCUGGUGGAGAUAUUGGAAGAUGUUCCUCUUUCCAUGCACAACUUCGUCCGUAAGACGUUCUUUAAGUUAGCGUACUGUGACUUCUGCCACAAGUUUCUGUUCAACGGCUUCCGCUGUCAGACCUGCGGCUACAAGUUCCACCAGCACUGCAGCAGCAAAGUUCCCACCGUCUGUGUGGACAUGGACAACAUGAAACGGUGUGCAGAUUACGAUUCUCAGCGAUCCCCAGUGAUUCCCUGUCUCAUCCAGCCCGAACUGAACCCUACAGACCUGCUCCUGACCCCUGACCCACCUAAUUCGAUGCUGCUGACCGCGCCCUCGACGUUCCAGUUCCCCAUGCCGGGAACGGAAGGUCAGGCUCUACAGAGGCUUCGUUCCACAUCCACGCCCAACGUCCACAUCGUCAGCACGCUGGGACCCGAAGCGGUUGGUCUCGUUGAGGAGGCAUUAAAAACCAGCAGCCCAGUGGGACCAGAAUCGUCUCCCAAACCAUCGACCAGUCCUCCCCAUCUAGGAUCACCGGGUAGAAAGCCGCCCAAAUCACCCACCGAGCGCAAGCCGUUCCCCCUCGACGGUGGGAAGAAGAAUCCGCACCGUUACAGGGACUCGAGCUACUACUGGGAAGUGCCGUCGCACCAGGUCACCAUGCAGAAGCGCAUCGGCUCCGGCUCCUUCGGCACCGUCUUCAAGGGCAAGUGGCACGGCGACGUGGCCAUCAAGAUCCUGAAGGUGACCGAGCCGACGCCCGAGCAGCUGCAGGCGUUCAGGAACGAGAUGCAGGUCCUGCGGAAAACGCGGCACGUCAACAUCCUGCUGUUCAUGGGCUUCAUGACCAAGCCGCACUUCGCCAUCAUCACGCAGUGGUGCGAGGGGAGCAGCCUGUACCGCCACCUGCACGUCACCGAGACCAAGUUCGACACCAUGCGGCGCAUCGACGUGGCGCGCCAGACCGCCCAGGGCAUGGAUUACCUUCACGCCAAGAAUAUCAUCCAUCGGGACCUGAAAUCGAACAAUAUCUUCCUACACGAGGGCUGGACGGUGAAGAUCGGCGACUUCGGUUUGGCCACGGUGAAAUAUCGCUGGAGCGGCUCUCAGCAGGUGGAGCAGCCUAGUGGAUCCAUACUGUGGAUGGCUCCGGAGGUGAUCCGUAUGCAGGACCAAAACCCGUACACCUCCCAGUCGGACGUGUACGGUUACGGCGUGGUGCUGUUUGAGCUCAUGUCCGGCACGCUGCCUUAUUCCAACAUCAACAACCGCGACCAGAUUAUUUUCAUGGUGGGUCGCGGUUUCUUGACGCCGGACCUCAGCAAGCUGUACAGUAACUGCCCCAAAUCCAUGAAGCGCCUCAUCAUCGACUGUCUUAAGUUCAAGCCGGAGGAACGGCCGCUCUUCCCACAGAUCCUGGUCUCCAUCGAGCACGUGCAGGAUCUGCUGCCCAAAAUCGAGCGCAGCGCCUCGGAGCCCUCGCUGCACCGCGCCGUUCACGCCGAGGAUCUGAACCCGCUGCUGCUGCACACCACACGCUUACUGCCUCUGUGAAACCUCCUGCAUACUCACUACACACACACACACACACACACACACACACACACACACAUUCCAUACGCUCGACAUUUCCAUCCCUCGUUCUGUUUUCUCGGUAGAUUUUCUUGUAUUUAUUAUUCUCACGUUCCGUCGAGCUUUGGUGUUUGGAUCCGCUCCUGCAGACGCGUGACUUUGGGUUUCUGAAAUACGUUUGAUGAACGAACACUAAGCGUUUCUUUAAAGCGGCGAACACUUCCGGAAACGUCCCGCUUUCAUCCAGCACAUUUCCGGCUGGAAAAUUCCCCGGCGCGUGCCAGUAACCGUUUAUAUACCACGUCGUCACCAUAUUUAACAUCGUAGAAACGAUAUGAAACGCGGCCGGACUGUUCCCGCAGACAGCUGCUGCGUCCUAAAUCACAUAGUACCUUAUAAAUCUCGAUAAAUUUGUCAUCCUGGUGCUUCGACCGGACAGCAGGUGUCGCUGCUGCAGCUGCAAACUAUUGAAUCCCAUUGAUCCCUCCCUCAGACGCGAACCGCACGCAUCACGCUAGUAAUACGCGACAUACCGAAAUGCUUAAAGCUUUAGUCUUCGUUCGGUCAUAGAAACGCAAUAAUUAGCACUUAGCGACGAUGGUUUGAAGCGACAAUACAAAUAUCGUAACAAACCACCACAAAGUCGCUUUCGCAUUUCUAUUCGUUCUGUGAGAAGGUCAAACUAUUUUAGCAUUCCGUUAAACCGGAUUAGCCGCGCAUUUUCGUUUCCGAUCUUCUUGUGUUUGUGUGCUAGCUUUAUUUUAUUUUAAAUGGAGAUGGGGCUGGUUACCCCUGACAGGCGGCUUUCGGCCGACUGUGUGUAUUCAAUGAGAACGAGAGUAGGCGGUACACGCUGAGCGAUCACGGCGAGUGCUAGGAUGCGUUCGGUCGGCAGGAUCGGAUGUGGCUUCGCAUCUAUGACACUAGGUCUUCUGGGUGUUCUUACGUAUCUUUAGUUUUAGCUAGCUUAUCUUCAGCUACCCGAUUCGAUCAGACGGUGCAGUUAUGGUCGUGUGUUUUUUUUCCCCGAAACGAUGUGGAGGGGAGGCGGACAGAAUAAAAGACGACAUCGUGUUCGUACGAUUGUUAAAAAUCUACAAUAAUCGCAAUAAACUUAAAUAUCUCGUAUGAGCGUAUUUAAACUUUUGACCUGCUGUAUAAUAGAAUGAGAUUCAGAAACAUUCGUAGCUGUUUUAUUUAUCCGAGGUUCGUUACGUGACCGUGUACAUCGUGGCUUUAAUUAUUAAUUAUUUCCAAUUAUUAUUCAAUAUCAGAUCACAGUUUAAUUCGCAGCAAAUCACGAAUCAGUAAAUUCUUCACGCUAGCUGCGAAUGGCGAAUUAAAUACGUAGCUGUAUUUUCACGAGUUGUAGCGGCGUAAAUGUACAAUAUUCUUAUUUCCGAACGUUUUACGUAUUUGUUUACGUAUUCUCGGGCGAUACGAAAUAAUCCGAAAGGCUAAGCUCGUCGUUUUGGUUGUCUGGUAACAGCGUAUACUAUUGUAUACAUACAAAAUAAAACGCUAAUAAAAAAAAAUAGAAACUGGACGUUGAAUGACGCAUUUUUUGUUUUUGUAAAGUGGGCGUGGCUUAGUUUUUGUAAAGUGGGCGUGGCUUGGUAUUUUCUGUAAACGUUCCUGACAUUUCUUUCGCGAGCUUUACGUAGGGCGUGGCCGCCGGGGGAACCGCGCGGGGGAGGAAAAACGGGUGGAACUCUAAACUUCAGGCCGCACUUGGUGUUUUUAUUUGGCGGGGCGGAGCACACCCGUCAGCGUUCGCUCCGGUAGUGUUUUUAUUAUUAUUAUUAUUUUGAGUAUUCUUGGUGAACUGCGACACGUUUGGGUGUGUUUAGCUGACGAGGUGGACGGGUGGUAACGGUUUGCAAUAAAACGUACUCUGCUGUGUACAGUUACAUUUCGUUUUUUUACGUUUUUGUGACGGUUUCCGAGAUCAAAGGUUCUAUUAUUAAACAGAGUAAAAUCGUAGUAUUUUUAGGCUUUUAUUUUUAUUUGCUUCUGGAGAAUGUGGAGAAUCGAUUCCUGAAAUAAAAAGUGGAAUUAUGAGCA